AAGUGAGAAUAAAGUGAGACUAAAGUGAGAUUAGAAUUAAACUAAAAUGCAACUAGAAUGAGACUAAAGUGAGACUAGAAUUAAACUAAAAUGCAACUAGAAUGAGACUAAAGUGAGACCAAAGUGAGACUAGAAUUAAACUAAAAUGCAACUAGAAUGAGACUAAAGUGAGACCAAAGUGAGACUAGAAUUAAACUAAAAUGCAACUAGAAUGAGACUAAAGUGAGACCAAAGUGAGACUAGAAUUAAACUAAAAUGCAACUAGAAUGAGACUAAAGUGAGACUAGAAUUAAACUAAAAUGCAACUAGAAUGAGACUAAAGUGAGACCAAAGUGAGACUAGAAUUAAACUAAAAUGCAACUAGAAUGAGACUAAAGUGAGAAUAACAUAAGACUAAAGUGUGAGACUAGAAUUAUUACUAAAAAUUACUAUCGGAGUUUAAAUGCUAUAUUUUAUAUAAGUAAAUACUAUAGGUCUACGUUUGAGAUUUGUUGACAAUUGUAUUCUAAACAACUCAAAAAUUAUUACGGAUUUUAAAUAUUUGAUGCAUCCUACACUGCUCCAAGUUUUUGAUCCAGUUGUGUUGUAUAAAUACCGGUUUUUUGUGCCAUGAACGAAAGAACGAAAGUGACAUAACACGUUCCCAGUCACACACACACCAUAGUAGAAAGAUUUUGUCAAUUGUAUCCUGAAAUUGCAUGCACGCUGUUCUAUUGUGUUUAUCCAGAAGGAUGUUCAUUCGUAUAACGUACUUAUGUAUCGUUUUAAAGUUGUUUAAACUCGCAGGGAUAAAGUUUGAUCGUGACUGCGAGUCACCUUGAGGAGAUGUUUUACGUGUAUAGUUUUAUUUAUAUUUAGGUAGAUGGACCAUAAAAUAGGCCUAUUAUUGAUUUAUGUAUUAAAAUAUUGGUUGCAUGUUGAACUGCACAAAAUAUUUGUAGUCAUGAUUUGGAUUUGUUGUACAAGAGUUUGUUAAAUAUAAAUAAAGAAAGUGGGCAAGUUCCAUGAUGGCACUACUCUUGAGACGACCUGAAACUUACAUCAUUCAUCGGAACAAAUCCUUGCAGAUUCAGAUUCUUAGAUCUGCAUUUGUUACUACGUUAGUCGUUGCAGCACUUUUUGCUAUAGUAAAGUUUGAUUCAUCAAAUUCACAAAUUUCCGAGGACACACCACCACCCGGAAUUUUGGGACUUUCACAAACCCGUAAAAAUGACGGAGCAGCUAAGACAAAAUCAUCAAAAAUUAUUAUCCUUGAAGGCGACGCAUUUUCUUAUCUCGAUUUGAGCGUGAAUGACGUCCUCCUUCAAACUGAAAAUAAACCAGUGGACGAACUUAUCCUGAAAUAUGUCACCCUCAGCCCGGAAAUAUUUACCGAAAUGUUGCAAACAAACCCACAAAUUUUUCAGACUCUGAAAUCGAUAAAGCUUGAAAGGGUGAAAAUUCGAGGAGCGUCCUCACCCUGGAACUUUACUCUUGGUGUCAAUGUCAGGUUGCCCAUGCUGUCUGAUUUUCAGUUAGACCUCGACAUCGGAUUUCGCAACCAGUACACGGACUACAUGAAAAUGAUAAGUGAAGAGUGGCUCAUGCGAGUUUUGUUUUACAAUACUACGGAUAAAUCUAAUCCUAAGCGUUUCAAAUCCAAUCUUGGCGACAAACUGGUCACUGACCGAGUACAAGUCACCAUUCGGGUUGAUGGAUGGACUGUAAUUUCCUACCGCAAAAGUUCAAAGGUCAAUGAUGGGUGGGAAGUUAGCUUGGGUCUCACAUUUGCCGAUAAGUUGCUCCGCAUGUUGAUAAGAAAUAAUUUAAAAAUCGUCCACUUGACGAUGACGGAGUGCGUCGUGUCCGUCAAGUCGUUUCCAACCUCGCUUCAGUACUUGAACUUGUACCGUGUCAACAUUACGGGGGGCGAUAUUCACACUUUUUUCAAGUCUGCAACGUCACUGACAGAUUUGUACAUUGAACUUCGAAAUUCCACCCUGAACUUGUCCCGAAUUCCUAAAACCGUAAAAACGCUGGCAAUCGGGGACGUCGUGGAUGUUCAAUAUGAUAAACAAGAUUAUUCCGUUAAUGCAGAAACUGUAGGGUUGUCGUUCCCACUGGAUGGGAAAAUUGUAGAAAAUUUCGAAACAAUAUUUCCCAAUGUGAAACACAUCGCAGCGUUCGAACCGCCAUCGAAUAACAGAGUUCAAUACACCUUGCUGAAAAAUAUUUUGAAAACUAAUGCGACUUGGAUUUUGAUGCAAGGAUUUGAACGACGAAACACGACACAAUUUGAAAACGAGAUGGAACAAGUGCUACAGAAUUGUGGCGUUUCUCCAGGACAAAGAAAUUUCUUAAUUUUUAAAGACGAGCGAACCUUCUCCUGGAACGGAAUGGAUCUUGAUCUUGACAAGUUGGCGAAAUUGAAAUUUAGAUAUGCCAUUCUCGGUUGGAACGAGUACAUUAGUUGGGACAUAUUUUCGACCAAAUUGUAAUCUGUAAUAAGGUUCAUAAAAUACGUAACGCAAAAUUGGGGAUUUUUACCCCUCCCUCCCCAUGUAGCGAGUUACACUCCCUUUUUAACAUGUGGCGCAAUUUAGCUUGUACCGCAACAGCGUCUCCACUGUGUUAGGUAUUUUAUGAACGUUCCUUAACGCGCAUUAUUGUUGAUUUCCAUCAAAUAGAAGUGUAUAUACAAAUUUAACAUCCUUUCUACAGAUGUAGAAAAACAA